UAGGAUUUUUUUUUUUUGUAUAUUCUCUCUAACAAACACAAAAACUCCCUCUCUUCGCUCGCUUCUGCUGCUGCUGAAACCAGAGCCAGCUUCACUCUCAGCCAAAACCCUAAAUCCCCAAAAAUCUCUGCCACAAUGAACUGCGCAAUCUCCGGCGAGGUGCCGGAAGAGCCCGUCGUCUCAAAGAACUCUGGCUUGCUCUUCGAGAAGCGUUUAAUCGAAAGGCACAUAUCGGAUUAUGGAAAAUGCCCAAUAACAGGUGAACCCCUUACUAUGGACGAUAUUGUUCCUGUUAAAACUGGAAAGAUAGUUCGGCCAAGGCCUGUACAAGCUGCUAGCAUCCCUGGAAUGCUUGGAAUGUUCCAGACUGAAUGGGAUAGUUUGAUGCUAUCCAAUUUUGCAUUGGAACAACAGCUUCAUACUGCACGACAGGAGUUAAGUCAUGCUCUAUACCAGCAUGAUGCUGCAUGCCGUGUGAUUGCAAGACUAAAGAAAGAAAGAGAUGAAGCUAGAUCACUACUUGCUCAGGCUGAGAGACACAUACCAUCAUCAACACCAAUUACAGUAAAUGCCUCUGCAGUUAGCAAUGGAAGAACAGUUACUCCUGAUGAAGUGGGACCUGGUGGAAAGAAAAUCUGUCCCGGAAUAUCUGCUAGCAUAUUUGAUGAGCUUACAGAAUGUAAUGCUGCUCUCUCACAGCAGCGGAAAAAGCGGCAGAUACCAUCAACAUUGGCUCCUGUUGAUGAUCUAGAAAGGUAUACCCAGAUAUCUAGUCAUCCACUUCAGAAAACAAGCAAACCAGGCAUUGCAUCUAUUGAUAUACAUUAUAACAAGGACAUCAUUGCAACUGGGGGUUUUGAUACAAAUGCUGUUAUUUUUGAUCGAUCUUCAGGAGAAAUCUUAUCUACUCUUAGUGGUCACUCAAAGAAGGUUACGAGUGUAAAAUUUGUAGCACGUGAUGACUUAUUCUUGAGCAGUUCAGCAGACAAGACAGUGCGGAUAUGGCAAGGGUCAGAUGAUGGAAACUAUAAUUGCAACCACGUUUUGAAAGAUCAUAAUGCUGAGGUGCAAGCAGUUACAGUUCAUGCCACAAAUAAUUAUUUCGUGACUGCUUCUCUUGACAACACAUGGUGCUUUUAUGAGCUUUCUUCUGGAUUGUGCCUCACUCAGGUGGAGGACUCUACAGGAUCAGAUGGUGGCUACACAUCCGCAGCAUUUCAUCCUGAUGGUCUUAUCCUCGGAACAGGAACCUCAGAAGCUCUUGUUAAAAUUUGGGAUGUGAAAAGUCAGACGAAUGUUGCCAGAUUUGAUGGACAUGUUGGAGCAGUAACUGCUAUAUCUUUCUCUGAAAAUGGUUACUUCCUUGCGACUGCAGCAAGUGAUGGUGUUAAGCUCUGGGAUUUACGUAAAUUGAGGAACUUCAGGACAUUUGCUCCUUAUGGUUCAGAGACGCCAACAAGCUCUGUUGAAUUUGACCAUAGUGGAAGUUACCUUGCACUUGCGGGUGCUGAUAUAAGAGUUUACCAGGUUGCCAAUGUUAAAUCAGAAUGGAACUGUAUCAAAACUUUCCCUGAUUUGUCUGGCACAGGUAAAGCAACUUGUGUAAAAUUUGGUCCGGAUGCGAAGUACCUUGCAGUUGGAUCAAUGGACCGAAACCUCCGGAUUUUUGGCCUACCAGGGGAUAGCGAAGCAAUGGAGUCUUAAACCAACAUAAAGUCAAUCUAGCUAGAAAAUUACUGUUGUACCUCUACUUGCUGAUUCAUUUUUGUUGGGACUGAAUACUGAUGAUUAGUAGGUUGUGGCCGUGUGUGCUCCCAGUUUCGAAAUAAAGAACUGGAACAGAGCUGGAGGCAAUUCCUACAUUUGAGCAUAUUAUGCGGCUACUUCAUCCUCUGCUCAUCUGAGUUGUGACAUUCUUAAUAGCCAGUGGUUAGAACUUAGGCAUAUGAUCUCUCCUUCUUUUGUACUAUUUUUUUUCUUUAUGUGAUUUUUUUUCUCUUGAAAUAUACUGCGGUUUCUGAAUGGUGAAAAUGGAGUUAUUAUGAUCAUUGAUUGAGAACUGCCCGCAUGUAAUUUAAUGAAAUAGUUUAUUGAUCGACCCA